CGGGGGAGAGGGGGUUGGGGGGCGCGUGCGCACUCUGCAGCUCUUCCUAGGGAUUAGAUCAAGCGCCCUUGUUGCGCUCCGCUUUCCCUUUUCUGUUGGACCUUACGAGUCGUGGGCAACGGUCUCCAUCGGUCGGCGAGCUCUUCAGUGGCCUGGCAGGGAACGGGCUACGCGCGCGUAGGGGACGCUGUGGAGCGGAAAGAGUUCCUGCAGCAUGGCUGAAAACCGAGAGCCCCGCGGGGCCGUAGAGGCUGAGCUGGACCCGGUGGAGUACACCCUUCGGAAACGCCUUCCCCACCGCCUGCCCCGGAGGCCCAACGACAUUUAUGUCAACAUGAAGACUGACUUUAAGGCCCAGCUGGCCCGCUGCCAGAAGCUGCUGGACGGAGGGGCGCGGGGUCAGAACGCAUGCACUGAGAUCUACAUUCACGGUUUGGGCCUGGCCAUCAACCGCGCCAUCAACAUCGCCCUGCAGCUACAGGCAGGCAGCUUUGGGUCUUUGCAAGUGGCUGCCAACACCUCUACUGUGGAGCUUGUGGAUGAGCUGGAACCGGAGACUGAUACGCGGGAGCCACUGACCCGAAUCCGAAACAACUCAGCCAUCCACAUCCGUGUCUUCAGGGUCACACCCAAGUAAUUAAAAUGAAGCUCCACCACCACCACAGUCACCACACACAGCUAGGUCCUGAAGUGACUCUCUUGACUCUUGUGCUAAGUACUGUCAUGGACCACCUGCUAGAGCCAUGUAAGAACCCCAUUUCUUCAGCGUGAAGGACUGAAUUGAGGGUGGGAAGGAAAUCUCUUACCGGGUCCAAGCAGUGGAUUUUCCUUGUCCUAGACAAUAAAAAAGUAUGAAGUUGUGUUAGUGCCCUGCCACUUGCUGGCACUGCCUCUUACCUGUGUAA